AUGGAGGGGUUUAAUCCACAGGCUGAACCGCGUGAGCGUGCUAGUUCUAUAGCAUCAAGAGCAACGACAUCACAGGAACACACUCCAGAAAACUUGGACCUCGAGAGAGCCUCGACAGCUGUUGCCAGCCCGGAAAUUUCACCUCAGCUUGAUGUUCCUAUCAACUCCUUCAAGCCUGAAGCUGACCUCGAGAAGCAGCCAGGUCGUGGGAAGCCUCGUACUGAGUCGGAUUCUAUCAAGUUUGGUGGCGAAGAGGAGGACCCUAAUGUCGGUGUCACUUUCCAACGCUCAGCCACACCUUCGACUGUGCAUAAAGCCAAGGGUUUUGCCUACCAGAACGUCGGCGAGAGCGGCAUAAAAAGAAUGCACAAGUUCUCGUUGUACGAAACCAGCACGCGAUUCUACCUUGUUGGCGCCGACAUCAUGGAGAAGCAGUACCGUGUACUAAAAAUUGAUCGUACAUCGCCACCAGGGCAUUUGAACAUCUUCGAAGAUGACAUAGUAUACAACAGACGGGAAAUGCACCAGCUUUUGAACACGAUCGACGAUGGAAAUAAGAGCACGGGAGGUAUGCGGUUGAGAUGCAGUACCUGGGGUUUGCUGGGCUUUAUCAGGUUUACAGAAGCUUAUUACAUGCUUCUGAUCUCUAAGAGAGCGCAGGUAGCUAUGCUUGGUGGUCAUUAUAUCUAUCAAGUCGACGGCACCGAAAUGAUACCUCUGACGACAGGCUCAACAUCAAGGUUUCAGAAGGACCGGAAUCCUGAAGAGGCGAGGUUCCUUGCUAUAUUUAAUAAUAUGGAUCUGCGACGAUCCUUCUACUUCAGCUAUUCCUACAACGUCACGCGGAGCCUACAGCAGAACAUCAUACAGGAAAGGAAAGCCGUGAACGAAGGUGCUCCGUAUGCCGCACGGGAAUUCCAAGACAUGUUCGUUUGGAAUGACUACCUCCUAGAUCCUGCUCGCGAUGCGUUAAAGAAUGUGUAUGACUGGUGUCAUCCCAUCAUCCAUGGAUAUGUUGACCAGUCUUCGCUCGAUGUCUUCGGCCGAAGAAUCUACAUUACAAUCAUUGCUCGGCGUUCGAGAUUCUUCGCCGGUGCUAGAUUUCUGAAGCGCGGAACAAAUGAUCUAGGCUAUGUAGCGAAUGAUGUGGAGACUGAGCAGAUUGUAUCUGAUGGACUCACCACAUCAUUCCACGCGCCUGGACCACGACUGUACGCUAAUCCCAUGUAUACUUCAUACGUACAACAUCGCGGCAGCAUUCCAUUGUACUGGACGCAAGAUAAUACUGGGGUUACACCCAAGCCGGACAUCGACCUUAAUCUGGUGGAUCCCUUCUACAGUGCCGCUGCGAUGCACUUCGACAACUUAUUCGAGCGCUAUGGAGCACCAAUAUACGUUCUUAACCUAAUCAAGGCUCGAGAACGAACUCCAAGAGAGUCUAAGCUCCUCUAUGAGUACAAGCACGCUAUAGACUACCUCAAUCAGUCUCUGCCAAAGGACAAGAAGAUCAUAUACGAAGCUUUUGACAUGUCGAGAGCAGCGAAAACUAGGGGUCAGGAUGUUAUAGGUACCCUGGAAUCUCUCGCGGAAAAGGUGCUAGCUACAACGAGUUUCUUCCAUAAUGGCGAAUUAGAUAUCGAUGCACCACGCGUCCAGAAUGGUGUGGCACGUACGAAUUGUAUCGAUUGUCUUGACCGAACGAAUGCGGCGCAGUUCGUCAUUGGGAAAAGAGCACUGGGACGCCAGCUACAAGCACUUGGAGUCAUCGCGGGGAAGACCGUUGAGUACGACUCGGACUGUGUUGAAAUGUUCACGCACAUGUUCCAUGGGCAUGGCGAUGCAAUUGCAAUCCAGUACGGAGGCUCACACUUGGUCAACACGAUGGCCACAUACAGAAAGAUUAACCAAUGGCAAAGUAGCUCCCGCGAUAUGGUUGAAAGCUUCAAGCGCUACUACCAUAACUCAUUUCUUGACUCGCAGCGUCAAGAGGCAUACAACCUCUUCCUUGGUCACUAUGUGUACCGACAAGGUCAACCGCUUCUGUGGGAGCUGUCAUCGGACUAUUAUCUGCAUCACCAGGAUCCUCAAGACUUUAUUCACCGGGCUCGCCCAGACUAUAUUGAAUGGUAUACGUCAUCGAAUUUGCAGACGAGAACCCUUCCACCCUCAGUCGCACCCGGUCGUAAUAAUGACGUGUCACCCGAAGCCGAAAUCAGUACUCGCGAUGACUACUGGCUCGAAUACUAUCGCCCGCUAGCAAUAUCGUCGUUCCUUAAGAUAUUCGCGUUUAGAUUGGCGUCACCACGCCCUGGUAGAGAUCCUAGGGAUGGAACACAUCCGUCCAGGAAGGAGAAUUUGUCACCUUUCGUGCCUCGUAAGAAACAUGAAUAUGGGCAAGAAAGGGACGGGAAGAAAGUACCUCGCAAGGGAGUGACUAUCAUCGACCCCUCGAGCGAAACGGAAUCCCGCCAUGACAGCAUCGUCGGGCGUCGAAGGAGGGAGAUACAUCUCAGUGUGCCUCAUGCAGACUCACCGGCUAAGCAGUCCAUCCUGCGAGAGGCGCAUUUCGAGACCGAGAUGCCACCUCCUGCAAAGUCAACCUAUCAAUCGCUCGGCAACUCAGCGACUUCGACCGGUCUGUCGUCGACCAUGAAACCUGGCUUCAGGCCUGCCGACAAAGCUCUCAUCAAUCAGUGGACGCUAGCGCAAUUUUAUGACAACAGUAUGAACCCUUCUGUGUCGGUUGCAGAGGAACAUGAGUAUGCACGCUACAUUGAACACCCACUCAAUCUGCCACUGGUUGUCAGCAGUGAAACGCCAAGUGCAGGCGACCCCAUCGCAAUGGAGUACUACGACUACCUAUCCAUGACCGAGGGCGACAUUCCAGCGCCCAAAGACUUUGACGAAGAUGGCAUCCAAAUCACCCUCCCCGACGCUCCGCGCCAUGAUACCGAUGCCGCAUCUGUCCGCUCCUUUGCCUCUCACAGCCGUCCGGUAACCUCGCAAUCUGUCAGCACGCCUUUUUCCCACGCUCCUUCGUACCCGUACCCACCACAACACUCCUUCCACCCCCAUUUCUACCCAGAUAUGCAGCUCCCGAUCUAUACGGCUCCGCCCAAGUUUCAGACUGCGCAAGAAGAUAUCGAGGAGUUUGAGGAGUUUUUGAGUGUCAAGGAGAACCCGUUGGAUGUGGAAGAGGAAGAUGGGGCCAAGAAGCGGUAUAAGGCGUAUCGGCAGUGGCUGAGGGGGAAGAGCCUGUUCAAGCAGAGUAAGGUGGAUCCAGAGUGGCAGAAUCAGUUGCCUAUUCGUUGA